GGCGUUGCGCGCGCGGGCAGGCAAUGGAACGCACAUGCCACACGAGUGAGUGAGUGUGUGAGAGUGUUCAAAGCCUGCGGUAAACGGUGCAGCCAGCCGCCAUGGAAGCAAGCAAGCAAAUUCUUCGAGGUGGUGAUUGGACCUGGUGCGGGGUAUAUGUUACGAAGAGGAGGAGGAAGGGGUCUUUGUGCGCGUGUGGACUGCUACAGUGGGAUCCGACUCGGAUAAGAAAUAACUUGGAAGCACCAUUGACGAGGCGAUGGAGUGAAAGCGUCUGUCUGAAAACGGUGGCGCAUCUUAAGCGAGACAUGCGGUGUUUCAUUCGGAAGCUCCGGACUCACCACUUUGCAGCUCGAAUUCGCUUGCGUUUUCCGCCGUUUUGGGAUGAUUACGAUGGGAAACACUUUUUCGUCGCUCUAUGUAUGUAAAAAUAUGUAAUUCUUAUGGUCACGGCUGUGGGAUGCUCGCGAAGUUUUGCGAGGCGUUUUGUCUUUUAUUGGACGAGGCAGGGGGGAAGUUGUAAGAAAAGCUAUCGGCAGAGCGUCUGUGCUACUGACAAGUUUCGUUGCGGGAGUAGUUGCAUCAUGUGGGACGUAUUUUGGAAGGUUGUUGAAAGAAAGGGGGGAGAGAUUAGACGAGGCUUUUGGGGUUUUCGAGGUGGAGAUGCCGAUCUUUGACGUUCUGUGAAGUUUUGCCUUCUUUUGGUCUGCGUGCAUGCGCACUGCUUCGCUUUUUUCUUUAAGGUUCGAAGUUAACUGAGUGAGUGGAUGGCUUCUUUUCAGGAAUGAGCCCCGUCAUUUCCGGCUUUAGGGAGAGGAUUUAAUUCCCUCUGUGUAUUCUUUCGAGCUUAGUUUCCUUUUUGUUCUAGAGGAUUCACUGGUGAGGGAAAGCUGCAGUGCAAGGCAUUCUGCAUAGGUUUGUAGCAUCCAUGUGCUUCUAGGACAUUGCUGGAUUCACAAAUGUGAAAUUGGACUGUGAAGACCUGCUGUUUGCUUUGAUGAGUGUGUUACGUUUGGUUUAGAGUGGGAGGAAAACCACGAUAUUCUUCUCCGGGAGCGAGUUGAGGCUUAGGUCAGUUUUGUCGGUUUCGUCCAUUUGGAGCUCUUUGCGAGAAACUUCAAGUUCCAGUUAAGAUCUUUCUACAACGUCACCGUCUCAGUGUGCUUUCCCUACACAGCAAGCUACUUUAGAUUUGUUUAAGCUCGAUUCCUAGUAAUCACCAUCAAAUUCUCUUGUCGUUUUAGUGGAAUCCAGUAUAGCUUUGAAUCACACACCUUCCGUGAAGUCUUCUGUCUUAGCAUGAUGAGCAAUAAUAGACAAGAGAUUGAAGUGCACCUUGUACAUUAAAAGUUCAGAUUGUGAAUCCAAGAAUAGAGCGUGCAAUGAAGCACAAAUUCCUUACCUUUGGGAUUGUCGACCAUUUCUUCGAAUUUGACUGUUCAUUGAAAUGACCGUUUCAGAGAAAAAUUAUUCAUCGGUUACAGCUUAAUCCUCAUACUUCUUUUCAAAUUGACGAAUUUGAUUUUCCUUACAAGGUCGACCCAGACCCACGCUGCAGGCUUUACUUGCACUUAAAAAAAAAAGAAGAAAAGAUUGGCGUAAUGAACAGUUCGGGUAGCGACUUUUGACAUUCUCAGGCUGCAUCUUUAGUUCUAGUUAUUGACAAAAAUGCCUUCUUUCAGACCGCUUCACAGGGCGCCCUCAGAGUCAUUAGAUAAAGAUAAUCGAUCAGCUAAGAGGGCUUUUGGUCAGGACGUGAUGAGGAAACAAUUGCUCAGACGGAAUACACUACCUGAAAUCCAAGAGGAAGGUUUGUUAACCCCUCUACGCCGUCCAUCAUCGUAUUCCGGGUAUAAUUUGCACCCUCCAGGUUCAAGGAGGGUGCGUGAUUUAGAAGCCGGACCGGAUCCUCCUUAUCAUCAAUUACAUUCAAAUGUCGAGAUGGCAGCAGCAUUGGUUGACCAGGCAAUGCAGGGGAGGUACCUGCCGCUGGCUGUGGUUUAUCACAAAGAUUAUGAUAGUGCAAAGCGUGCUUUCAUUCUUUACCACCAGCUUUUUUAUGCAAGGGCACUCGUGUAUGUAAUUCUUAUGCUGUUACCUUUUUUUGAGAUCCCGGCUUGGUGCAAUGACAAAUUACCAACUCCAUGCGGUGAUCCGAAAAAAUAUCUUCUCAGCGGCUUGCCUUACAUUCACCCAUAUGUAUCUCUAGUGAUCGAGACAUGUUGCGCGGUGGUCCUCGCGUGGUCUGUCGUAUUGCAACGAUACUUUUUAGGUUCUAGAUUUUGGCAUAACCAAUAUUCUGUAUACAAGGUAGCUUUACUUGUAGCGAUGUGUGUCUCCAUUGCUACAUCGACUUUAGGAAUAGCAGAACACCAGAGCGUUAAGAUGUUGAUGUAUUUGAGGAUUCUUAUUCCCAUUGCAUUCAGCAGGGCUAUACGUGGUUGCUUCCGUAUGACAGUGCUUAUUGUGCACACAUUUAUGGAUAUUACGGUCUUGGUGGUAGUAUUUGUGAUGCUCUCUGCAUGGCUUGCCACGACUCUCUUCUCCGAAUCCACUCUUGAAUUCAAGGAUUAUGGCACUUCCCUGUUGAAUCUCUUUGUGCUGCUGACCACCGCAAACAAUCCAAGUGUUUGGGCUACAGCUUAUCGAACAAAUCGAUUGGCAUUUUUCUUUUUCUCCACAUAUUUGCUUGUGGGAUUCUUCUUCUUGAUGAACUUAGCUUUCUCUGUGGUUUACAGCAACUACAAAGCUCAGAUGGCUGUGGAAGUAGCUAAACGAACCACUGCACGGCAAGGAAACUUAAGAGCAGCGUUCAGUCUUCUAGACGUUCGUCAUCAGGAGUGGAUUGAUGGCGCUACGAUGAUAGCUCUGUUCCUUGCAAUUGGUCGAUACAGGGAAAUAUCUGAUAUUCGAGCACGGACUAGCCACCUGUUCUUAGCUCUCAACAAAAGGGGAGAUUUUAAAAUCUGGUCUGAUGAAUUUGAGGAGCUCUGUAAUGUUAUAGCAAAAGAGGUUGAAAGUCCUCCGGAUUUAGUACAGCUACGGCGACGAAUGAGUAAAAGUGAGAUGCAGUUUGUGACUCAUCCUGUAUAUGCAUAUGUUAUUUGGGCAUUCACCCUUGGAUCCUUGGCUGCGGCAAUCACCCAAUUCAAUGUGGGUGGCAAUACACAGGAUCUGCUUCUCAGUCUCGAGUUUCUUUUUGGCUGGGUGUUUGCAAUGGAUGCGUUACUUAAGGUUUGUCUGCAAGGUUGGAAGUCUUACUGGCGCACCAAAUUGAACAAGUUUGAUUUUGUGGUCACGGCACUAAUUCUAGUACUUCAUUUCAUCUCUUUUUUCUAUCAGAAUGGCCGCCCCUGGGUGUCAUAUCUGCUCUUAGUACGGGGAUUGAGGGUUUUCGCUAUUCUGUCUUUGAUUACACGAUGGCGUCUGAUGGCCCAAACGUUACUUAUUGUGAUUCCUGCUACAGCCCCAAUCUUAGCUCUCCAGUUUUUGGUCUGCUCUGCGUUCUCUCUUUUGGGGAUGCAUCUAUUUGGGGGCCUCGUUUACGAAGGUAAUCCUGCGCUCGCAGGCACCCAGUACUUGACUUUGGAAUUUGAUGCGUUCAAUUACAACGACUACGCAUCAGCUAUGGCCACCUCGUUUAAUUUGUGCGUUGUCAACAAAUGGUAUGUGAUCAUGGACGGCUAUGCAGCUGCUACGAAUAGUAGAUGGUCUCGGAUAUAUUUCAUGGCAUUUUGGGCUAUAGCUGUUGUGUUUACAUUAAAUGUGGUGGUCGCCUUCUUCACCGAGGCCUUCACUAGUCAAAUGGAGAAAGCUGAGCGAAUAAGAGCUCGGGAAAUGAAGCGCAAUUCGGAAGAAGCCUCUGGACCACUAAGGAGAAGACCGGGAUUGAACCCGCCCAUUCGAGUAACGAAGUCUCUCUCUUAUUAUGACCUCUACGAAGAUAUCGUGAGGAAAACUUGAUUUGAUCGAUUUUCUACGAUUAAAAUGCCUUUAUCCUUCUGGCCUCUUGGUGAAUGAAAUGGUGAAGAGACUUCUUUUGUUCAGCCAAAAUAGCGCACCUGGAUUACUUGUAACGCGACCCCAUUGGUGAAUUCAUGAUUCGAGUCAUAUGGUGUACGCGUCAAACUGUUAUUGAGCUCAAAGAAAUUGUUUCACGAAUAUGGGCGUUUCGCAACAUCUAGCUCCGCUUUACAGAUUUGUUGCGAUUUUAGCAUCCUGGCGAAGGUGACAUUUUACUAAGAAAGACCUAACAGAGUUGUGAUUUUGUGCUGAGCACAAGAUCAUCUCUUCCCGGAUGGCUCAAAUCUUCACAGGCAACCUUGCAAAAUUGCUUCCACGAAGAGGAGUCCCUCAUCUGCCCUGAGAUGCAAGAGGUGAAGAUCUCAUCCAACAUGUCAAUCCACAGGUUGCAUGUACGAGAGUGUAUAGUUUGAAUUUCUCUUACGAAUGCAUGCUCCCCAUGUUGAGGGGCUGAUUUCAGCUUUCAGAGAAAUCGUACGAUUGUAAUUUUUUAUCUAGAAAAUACGAAGAUUGAGUGCCUCAUCGUUUGUGAACAAUGAUUCAACAUGCUGUAUUUCUAAACAAGCUUUUUGUUUACUGAAGAGAGGAUAUUCAAAAUUUUGCGAAGCAA